UGUAAACACGGAAGUGGAUUGUGAAUGCGCUGCGGCUAACACAUUCUAGCUAGCUGCAGUUUAAUUUACAGCUUAUGAAUGAGCUUUAUGAAGAAUAUUAUCGGUACUCUGAGAAAACCUGACUCAAGCGUUAAACAACAACACAGUAAACGUAAACACAAUACUUACUUACUAAAUGGUGACGAGGUAGGAGCACGUGCGGGCUGUUAGCGAGGCUGGUGACGGUGAAGUGAACAUGUCAACAAGUUAUCCCACACCUGUUUACUGCCAUGCUGGACGAGGACACUUCCGGGAUGUUUACGAGCCGGCGGAGGACUCUUUCCUCUUGAUUGACGCCCUGGAGAAAGACGCAGAGAGGCUGCAGCUGAUGAGCCCGUGUGUGUGUCUGGAGGUGGGCAGUGGCUCAGGAGUGGCGUCUGCUUUUCUGGCAUCAGUGGUUGGACCUUCAGCUCUAUAUCUUUGCACUGAUGUGAACCCUGCAGCAGCACAGUGCACAGCAAAGACAGCUUCCUGUAACAACGUCUCACUGCAGCCCGUCAACACAUCCCUGGUGGACAGUCUCCUGCCACGUCUAAGUGGGAACGUGGAUGUCCUCCUCUUCAACCCUCCCUAUGUGGUCACACCGUCAGAAGAGGUUGGCAGCACAGGUAUCGAAGCUGCCUGGGCCGGCGGGAAACGGGGACGGGAGGUGACGGACAGAUUUCUGCCCCUGGUGGCACAGUUGCUCUCCAGUAAAGGGUUGUUCUACCUGAUUACCAUCGCUGAGAACGAUCCAGAGGAGAUCCUCCGUUUACUGGACAAGCGUGGUUUGAGGGGAGAGUCGUGCUUGUCAACGAGAGCUGGAAAUGAGAGGCUGUCCGUGCUGCGCUUCCACAAGAGCUAACGAACAAAGACAUCUCUCUGCACAACAAGCACAGCAUGAGGAAAUUAUGGGUGGAAGGACUGAGGGGCCUCCAAGAUAAUGGAACAUUUGUCAAAUAAAGUAAUAAAACACGUCACACAAAAUGAUCCUUUGCAUUAAU